AUGGCUGUUCCCAUACGACUCCUACGGCCCAUCCCACUCUCCAUCUCCAUCUCCAGAUUCCAACCCUUUCCCAUCACAGCAAGAACCGUCUCCACUUCACCCAUCCAAAUGAUCGGACGAAUCAUCGACACGGUCAAACAGGAUCACCGCGAGAUCGAAGCCUGCUAUCAAAGGAUCAUCAACGCGAAGGACCGUGACGAGCAGACCCGCUACCAGAAUCUGUUUACCUGGGAACUAGCCCGGCACUCCAUCGGCGAGGAACUGGUCGUCUAUCCUGCAUUUGAGAAACAUCUCCCAGAUGGAAUUGCCAUGGCAGACAAGGACAGGAGGGAACACCAAACUGUCAAAGAAAAACUCAAGAAAUUCCAGAACCUCGACCCCUCCAGCGCCGAGUUCAUUCCCACCAUUAAAUCCCUGAUGGCCGAUCUCGCAGAGCACAUCAAGGAAGAAGAAAUGAACGACCUGGUCAAGCUCGACGAGGCUCUGUCCCACGACGACAGCGUCAGUCUUUCCAAGAGCUUCGACCGGACCAAGAUUUUCGUGCCGACGCGCUCGCAUCCCAGUGCCCCCAACAAGCCGCCAUUUGAGACGGCUGUGGGAUUGUUGACUGCUCCAAUUGAUCAGCUGGCUGAUUUGUUCCGCAAGUGGCCGCAUGAAGGUCAACAGUCGCCUAUGGGUCAUGACCGGCCUAUGGGCCAUUAG